AUGGAUGUCUUAUUGCGAGAAAGUGCAUUCGGCCGAAUUCUCAACUACCUCUCCAAUGGCAACCUCCUUCGGGCCCCAGACCAUGCCGGGUCGAAAAGUGAAGUGACAACGAGCGAGAGUCCGUCGCCUACAUCUCCAGAUGCUCUUGACCUUAUCCUUGUGGAUUUUAGCGGACCCGAUGAUCCAGACAUUCCCAGGAAUUGGCCAAUGUUGGCGAAGACAGUUGCCAUGAUCGAUGUGAUGUUAUUGAACUUCAGUUUCUACGCGGCGUCAGCAAUCUUCACGCCGAGUAUUCCUUUGAUUGAGGAGGAUUUAGGUGCGACGACUGCCGAAGGAACAUUGGGACUCUCCCUUUUCGUUAUAGCAUAUGGCAUUGGGCCUCUCAUUCUUUCUCCUCUGUCCAACUUACCCUCGAUUGGACGCACUCCGGUAUAUGUUCUCGGCUCUUUUGCAUUUUGCCUGUUUAAUAUUGGGACUGCCCUGGCCAAGAACCUGCAAACCAUACUAGUCCUGCGCUUUUUUGGAGGUCUAGUUGGAAGUGCGCCUAUUAGUGUGGGAGGUGCUACACUGAUGGAGGUCUUCAAGCCUAACCAGUGCCCGUAUGCGAUUGCCCUGUACGCGGUCAGUGGAGUCUGCGGGCCGAUUUUAGGGCCGAUACUCGGGACUCUGGUAAUAGAGCGCUGGCAAACAUGGACUGCGACUCUGUGGCUUCUCUCAGGUGUCACAGCCUUUACGACAGUGUUCAUAUUCUUCUUAUUGCCCGAGACAUUGAGCACCAAUAUCCUUCUACGCCGGGCACAAAGACUACGCAGACAGACGGGAGACCCUGCAUAUCAAAGUCAAGCCGAAUUAGAUACACCAGGCGCAUCUCUUGCCGUGCGCAUUGCUAGACAAACAGUGGAUGACUUCAAACUCUCUUGCACGGAUCCAGUAAUCCUAUUUGUCAACAUGCAUACGAUGCUCAUCUAUGGCAUACUGUACCUAUGGUUUGAGUUCUUCCCAUUCGGUGGGUCAACCCAAUUCUGGCCUUACUUCCAUGGCAAUUACUCACUGGUGAUAGUGUUCGAUGGAAUCUACCAUUUCAAUGAUAUUCAGCAAGGCCUUGCAUUCUUUGGUAUCCUUGUGGGUGCCGCACUUUCCGUCAUUGUAUACGUCCUAUGGUUAUACUUUUCAUACCAGCCACGGGUCGCAAAUUCGGACAUCAUUGUCGAACCUGAAGCGCGUCUAGUCCCCGGUCAAAUCGGAGCAGUGUGCAUUCCGAUCUGUCUCUUCAUUUUCGCCUGGACAUCUCGAGAGAGCGUACAUUGGAUCGUUCUAUUAUUGGGACAGCUUUCUUUGCACCAGGCUUUUAUCUCACAUUUCAGUAAUACCUUCUUCCGAAGCUCAUUCGGUGGUGCAUUACCUUUGGCUGCUCCGCAGAUGUUGAAGUCGCUCGGUAUUGGAUGGUCGUCGAGCACGUUGGGCUUCAUUUCCGUUGCGAUGCUUCCCUUACCUUUUAUUCUGGAGCGGUAUGGAAAGCGUCUACGCUCAUGGAGCAAGUAUGCCAACUAG